AUGAAUACGUGUAGUUUCACAUAUGUUAGUCUUCGAACGAAUCUACCAUGCCGCGUAAUGGGUAUUGAAAGAACAUGGGAUUAUUUAAAAGUUGAAUUUGAUCGAGAAGGUGGUGGAUUAUUAGAAUCAACAGCAAAAUAUUUUGAAACAAUAGGACCUGGGCCACAACUAUUUGCUGUUGCUGAUCAUUCAGCCUAUUAUCAUGAUCAACAACAAUGGUUUAAAUAUAGGAGUGCAUAUGAUAUUGUUUUUGACACAAUGGAAGUUCCAGAAUAG